GCGUCUGGUCGACAUAGAGGAUAGAAGAGAGAUGCUAUUGAACGUGCUUGACGGUGUUGCGGCAGUCAAGGCUGGUAUUGUCAGAAGGAGUGCAGCUACGUGCAUCGGACUGAGGUCAAGAUCCUACGCGAUGCCAUCUUCGCAUAGCAACGUCUUUCGCAUUCUCAGCAACGGCGACAUCAGAUCAAGCUUUAAGCCUGUCCUCGUCAGCGCUAUCGAGCCACCAAAGACGCCAUUGGUAUCACAGUCUCUACGAGACAACGGAACCCUCUCGCCGGUCUGGCAGCCUCAGUCACCUGUGCUAGACCCCGUUUUGGGCAUCGAUGAGCCAAGCUCCUCUGCAGGCGGCACUGCAGGCCAGAACGAGCCCUGCAGGGCCUCAGAGUGUAAAUUGCCAAGCUACGGUGCCGUAUCGAAUACUUUCAUCGCGAAUGAAAACGGCAAAAAGAAGCGCAAACGAUCCGGCGUACCUCGUGGGUCGAGUCAUGCUGUCGAAGGCUGGCAGUCACGACCGGGGGAUCCAGAGACUUUGUACACCAAAGAGACGCUACCAAACAGCCACGAGAAAUACUGGUAUCAGCGCUAUCGUCUGUUCUCGAGAUAUGACCUCGGCAUACGCAUGGACGAUGUUGGCUGGUUCUCUGUGACGCCGGAGGCGAUAGCGCGUCAGAUCGCAGAGCAAUGCCGUUGCGAUCUCAUCGUCGACGCUUUCUGCGGUGUGGGCGGCAAUGCCAUCCAGUUCGCGCUGACAUGCAAGCAAGUCGUAGCGAUAGACAAUUCGGAGCUCCGGCUCAGGCUCGCUAGACACAAUGCCGCGAUAUACGGCGUAGAGGAUCGCAUCACAUUUGUGCAUGGAGAUUUUCCUACAUGGGCAGCAGAGCAAGCCAGGUCGAGACGAGCUGCCGGCUUCGACGGACCUUCUAUAGACGUCGUCUUCCUAUCGCCGCCAUGGGGCGGUAUCGAUUACCGCGCCAUGCAAGCAACUCAGAUGGAAUUGGCAGCUGCAACCACACGCGGCAUGGCUGACGAGAAGCAGAGCCAGCCGGAGCUCGUCUUCUCGCUCUCGUCGCUUGCGCCACUAGCUGGGCCAGAGCUGAUGAAUGUCACCCGAGGCCUGACUGACAACAUCGCGCUGUAUCUGCCCCGCAAUAUUGAUCCGCUCGAAGUCGGCCGGCUGACGACACGACACGGAAGAGUGGUCCUCGAAGAAGCCUGGAUGGGCAGCAAGCUCAAAGCGAUCACGGCUUACUUUGGUGAGCUCGCGCACCCGAGAGCGGGACACUUACCGAGCGACGGUCACGAUCACCGGCCAGCUGACGGCCUUGCGAGCCUCGCGUGCUUUGCUAGGGACCUCGAUCGACUGAGCAUGGCAGUCUCAAGCGACAACGCAGAGCUGGUGUUUGUAGACGCAUUCACUCCUCAGGGCCUCGUCAAUGCUGUCACCGACACUUUUGCGGACUGUGAUCGCUCCCCCGUCAAUCUCGCCCUCGGCACGGCUUGUCGGGAUGCCGCGCGGCAGGUCAAGCCCAAUCCGAGCGAACGACUGUAUGCCUUUGUACUAUCACGGACCGGUAUGGGACUCUUGCAAUGCGAGCUUGUGAUAGGCAGUGUGAACGCUCACUUUCUUGCGCUCGGUGCACCCAACGCUCAAUGGAGCAAGAAUCCACAUUAUGUUCGGAGUCGCAUAGCCUGCCUCGUCAGCAACCUUAGGCAGCGAUGGGACGGCAGAAGCGUGCGGAGCAUCAUGGGACCCACAGAGCUCGUCACCGAGUUCCAGACGCAAUGGGCCAUCGUCACAGGCGCAGUCGUCCGUGUACAGCCCUUCCGGCUGACGACGCAACUCAUCUGCUCACCCGACUCGGCUGCUGCCGACGUGCGCAGCGGGCUCCCUGUUCCGGUUGACGAUGAGUGCCGCUUGGCAUCUGCCACGGAUGCCACGGAGCUCGAGAAAGUGGCGCAGCUCUUGCACGACUUCUUCGCUCUGGAUGAAGAUAGCACCACGCUUGACGAGUGCAAGACAAUCGCGCGGCGCGGCAUCGAUCAGGAGGAGAUCUACAUCUACACACGCAAGCAUCAGGUGCUCGGCUUCGUUCUGCUCGGCCGAGCGACGCGGCGCACCAUAGCUGUACAGGGUGUCUAUGUUGAUGCGGGUUCACGCAAGCAAGGCAUCGCAAAGCUCAUGGUCGGCACGGUCGUCCACGCUCUCUUCUUCAAGACGGUGCCGGCCAGCAAGACCCAGAUCUGUCUGUAUUUUGAGCACAACGACAAUCCGAGUGCAGGGAGGAUCUAUCGCUCAGUUGGGUUCUCUGGCAGCGAUGAAAACAAGUGGACGGAAAGUGGCUUCGAAGGCCUGCCUAAAGCGCGAUGGGACCUGCGUGCUUGUGCGAAUGCAAGGCAUGCAAGUAGUCCGAGUGCAUCUGUUGUUGUAUCUAGAGACCAGGAAUUGCACGAUCCGCGCGUGCAACCUCAGUUCGGCCAGCCCCUCAGGGAAAGCGAUCCGACAAAGGAGCACGACAAUUCGAUCUCGUUCGCAUUUCCGCCUGCAGGACGCCAGCCCACGGUCGACCGGCCCAUGCUGGACGGCAUGGGCGCAGACAGCACAUCAGAGACCUCUCUGACCAAGGACAUCUCGAUGGAUGGUGACGAGACGAGGCUCGAGUCUUACUACCUCAGCUGGUUCACGAGCUUGCCUGGUCCAGACGAGUCGGCCAGCUCCGUCAAUGCAGCCGUGGAUCUGCCCUGGAUCGAAGCGCUUCCCGAGCAGGAUGGUACAGUCUCGGACACGCUGCUCGACUGGAUCCAGCACCGUCGCACACGCAACGGGCCGCUCUUUUUUGAUCGUCUGCUCUCGCUCGCCAAUGUACCCACCUCGCUGUACCCGCCCGAGAGCGAGCGUACCCUCGCUCGCCUGCUCGACGAGAUUGACCGCUCUGUCAGCUUUGAUAUGCUCAAGAAGGACUGCCUUGUAUACACUCUCCUGAAGGACUAUGGCGAUAGCAGAGCCAGUGCAUUUGCCGAUCUGCUCGAGCUACCGCCUCUCUUCAGGCGAGCAGCUGACGGAUACUGGGCACUCGACCGCGCGCGGUAUUCCGAAGCUUUCUCGCUGCUCACGUCGCCCGCCAUAACGCUCGACUUUGUGUCAGAGAUCGUCAGCUUUCUCGCGAGUGAAUCUCCCUCUUUACUCGUCGACUUUGUCCAGUCCGCUCGGCUGUCACUGACGGCACGUGCGGAUGUGCGACUCAUGAUUGCUGCUCUCGUUGAGCUCGGUCGACUUGACAGCGCUUUCACCUGGCUCAGGCGGUAUUCGACCGAUGAGCCAAGCGCACGACCUGAACUGCUUUCGCACGUCAUCAAAACUGCAUUUGAUCAACGUGCCAACAGUAGAGCCUCACUGAAGAUCUUCCUGACCAUUCCCCUGCUGCCAAGCGAGGACCGAUCCGUCUAUGCCUCUUGUCUCGACCUCCUGCGAACGUCCCAGACACCAACCGCCAAGCGCCAGCUCGUCCGAGGCUUCAUGGUCGCUCGCUUGACAUCAGAAGGCCGCUACACGCAGCUCAUCAAAUUCCUGGCAGAGGAAAGCAUGCCUGGCUCGCCUGUUCAGCUCACCGCAGCUGAGACGACCUGGAUUAGGCAUACCACGUCUAGCACAAUGUCGAUACUACCUGCUGUCCAGCAGUCUUUCGUCGAGCUCGAGCUCGAGCAACUCAACUCGAGUUCUGUCGCGAGUCCACAGCGUCUGCCGGAGCCGGCAUCGAGUUUGGCUAGACAGGACUAUGUCACCUCUGCUGUGCCCAGCUUGACGAGCUACAAGGCUUCUGAGAUGGAGGGUCUGCCUCGCCCAUCUGUCGCCAUGGCCUGGGAGCCGCAAAGCGCAAGUGCCGCUGGCAGUGACGUCGUCGACGUACCGCUGUCAGCCUCGCCUGCGCUUCGACAGCCGCAGCGAGGCAUCCAGCCUGACGGCAUGGCGAGUGUCAAGUCGUUUCUCGGCGCUAUCAAGGAUCAUCAUCUUUCAGGGCUGGUCAGUCCGAGCACGUCACCAAAUGUGUCUGUCAUUGGCAAAUCGCUCAAUGAGAGCAAACUCAAUACAAGCGAUACAACCAUGCCUUUCUCCGCACCACCGCGGACGCUGGCUCGGAGCUCGACGCCAGUGCGUAAACCGGGUCGAGCGCACCUGUCCUUGCUCGCAGAACGCAACGCAGCGACCUCGCCCUGGCGUGAGCAGGAUCAGUCUGCAGACGCAAGCUCAGAUCGCUCCUCCAUCAAGCCUGUGCCCACACCAUUCAAGCGCAAGGAUCGGAUACCGCGCAGUCCCUAUGCAAUGUCAUCGCCGACCGAAGCAGCGGCAUUGGCCAGUACGUCUGAUCUUGCGUGCCGACCUGAGAAACACGUCAAGCGCACGCCCGGCGUCUCUGGCUUCAAUACAGUCCGGUCUGAACCUGGCCCGCUUCUGUCUUUGCACAAGAGCCCGCCAGACAAACCGGUCAGUCCGCCUGCCACGGUCAAACGCAAGCUUGAAGCCGAGCCGCCUGCUCAUGCUGAUGAGUCUGUCACGAAACGCGCUCUGGUGGCAUCUGAUCGCACGGAAGUACCACCUGGCGGCUUUCCAGUCGAUCUCAGUCCGGGGAGAUCAGCCGCCGAUGAUGAUACUGCAAUCGCAACGACGCAAAACGACGGACAGAAACCCAAGACUCGCAAGAAAGCGUCAAACAAGCCGGUCGCGGCAAGCACGCCUCGCCGCUCGACUCGUAAGGGCCCUUCUGCCUCGAUCGAGCCUUCUGUCGAGGGCACAGACGAUGAGCAGAGCUUAGCCACGAAGGUACCCCGCUCGACACGGAAACCGACUGCCAAGAAGACGUUGCCUGAUUCGCCUGUAAGACGAUCUACUCGCAAGCGCAGCGCAGCGACGGACGCGUGA